AUGUACCAGCUUGUAGUGCAAAGGGUCCUCUGGCACUGGACCUGCCAAGAGAACAGCCUGCUGAAUAGAGUAUUGUCUCACAACCUGUGCACAGUUUUGUGCAUCCCACAUGACCCAGUAGCUCUGGAGGAGCAUUUCAGGGAUGAUGAUGAUGGUCCAGUUUCCAGUCAGGGUUAUAUGCCUUAUCUCAACAAAUACAUCCUGGAUAAGGUUGUGGAAGACUCUUUUAAUAAAGAAAAUGUCGAUGAGCUCUGUUGGACUCUUACAGCAAAGAAAAACUACCAGCCAGACAAAACCAGCAGCACUGUUUUGUUAGACAAGGAUGCUUUUCGACUUUGGUGCCUUUUUAAUUUUCUGUCUGAGGACAAAUAUCCUUUGGUUAUGGUCCCUGAUGAGGUGGAGUACCUCCUCAAGAAGAUAUGUAUGGCUAUGAGUAUUGAGUUCAACUGUGUUGAAUUAGAGGACUUCUUUUCUCAAGAGUCAGUGCAACAGAGUGGGAUUACUGUUUGGGUUUUUCUGGAGAUGAUGAACUCAGGGAAGCUCACCAGAGGAAAUGAUAAGAGCAUCAUCAGUAUGGCUAUAGAGGAGGUCUACAGGGAGAUAGUUGGUGAUGUUCUCAAAGAGGGUUAUCUCUGGAAGAAAGGCCAGCUGAGGAGAAACUGGAAGGAACGCUGGUUCACUUUAAGGCCGAGCAACUUGUCCUACUACUCCGGGGAGGACCGCAAGGAGUGUCAGGGCAACAUAGCUCUGGAUGGAAAUUGCUGUGUGGAGGAAGUAGACGAUGAUCAAAUAUUGUUUGGUCGUUCAAAAUGGAUCAAAAACAUCUUUUUCCCAGUGCUGCCAGACCGGGAUGGGAAAAGGUGCAUGUUUUGUCUAAAAACCCUCUCCAAGACUUAUGAAAUGAGUGCCUCAGACACCAAACAGAGACAGGAGUGGACUACAGCCAUUCAGAUGGCUAUCAGGCUGCACACGGAAGGGAAAAAGUCCCUCCACAAAGAUUUGAAGAUGAAGCGCCGUGAACAGCGUGACCAGCGGGAGAAGAGGCGACAGGCCAAGGAGGAGGAGCUACAGAGGCUGCAGGCCCUGCAGGAGGAACGGGAGCGUAAGCUGGCUGAGCUGGAGCUCCUGAAGGAGGCGCAAAAGCAGGCUCAAGCCCUUCUGGAGCAGGAUGAGCAGAGGAGGCGCCAGCAGCAUGAGCAGCUCCAGCAGGCCCUGGAGAUCCAGCUGCGAGAGGCUGAGGAGGCCCGCGUCAGUAUGCAGGCAGAGAUGGCUCUGAAAGAGGAGGAAGCAGAGAGGCAGAGGAAGAGGAUCCAGGAACUGGAGGAGAUGCAGAAGCGUUUGGAGGAGGCGCUGCAGCAGGAGAUCAAAGCCAGGCUGGAUGAGGAGAAGUUCCGCUACACCCAAACAGGGUUAUUGGCAGAGGAGGAGGAGAAAAUGAAGGCCCUGAUGACCCUGCAGGAGGAGCAGGAGGAGUACAUCCUGAAGACACAGAGGGAAAAGCAGGAGCUCAAACAAGAAAUGGAAGCCAAGUCACGGGCCCUGGAGGAGGCACAGAGGCAGCUGGAGGAGGUCCGCGCCAACCGCCACAGGGUUGACCAGGAUGUGGUGGCUGCGCAGCGGAAACUGCGCCAAGCGAGCACCAACGUCAAACACUGGAACGUCCAGAUGAACAGACUGAUGCGACCAAUCGGACCAGGCGAGAAGAGACCAUCAUUGGGGAGCCCUUUCUCAUCUUUCCAGAUCCCAUCACAGAGAGAUCCAGGGCUGCGUCUCAGAAGGAAAUCAGGAUCAGAAGAUCAGGAUGAAGAGAGCAAAGAAAAUGUUGAUAACAGAGCUGGGUGUGAUUUAGAGAAACGCCACUCUCAUGCAUCCAACGGAGACAUGGACAUCCCCUAAAACAUCAAUCGGAAACGCUGUCCGAGUCACUUGUAGUCACUGUAGUAUUCUGAUCUACGGCCAAGCACUGACUAAUGUGUGAGCAAUAUGAAAACUUAAUUUAGAGUACUACCCUUUUUAUUAAGUGUUGAAUUCUGACAUCACUAUCACAGGAAGCAACAGCUUUUUGAUAUGAAGUGUUAAUUCGGUAUUAACGUUUGCCACUGUAUCAGAGUAUCACAGGAAAAAGAGAGAUAGGCAUGAGGACACACCCUCCUUCAGCUUCCUGUUUCUACUGUCAGUUAACAUAAUUGUAAAUAAAACAGCAAAUUAAUGGUUUAACCAGAUUUCUGUCUGCAUCUUUAUUAUGUUAAAUUAUGAGCAACCUGAAAUUCAAUAACACCUAAUCUUCACUUUCAAGGAAAUCUGAAUUAAUUCAUUAUGCAAUGAGUAGCUGAUAUAAAUAACAUUAUAACUAACUAAAUUAAUUUGAAACACAAUGAAGGAAGCUGAAGCCUGCAACGCUGAACUGACAAACUGCACAUCCGCUUUCAUUUGAAUUUCAGUCUGCUUCAUUUGUGCAGAGUUCAAAUAUGUCACGACUGACUAAUCUGAUGCCUCUCAUGGAUGAAAUCGCCGGCUGAUUUGAGUAAACAGAGACAUCCCCUGACCAACCAUGCAAACUGCAUGUAGGUUGAAUUUAUUUUCAUCAUCUGUAACACACAUUGUGCUCUUUGUGUCCCAAUAUUAACACUUGUUUUUCUUUUUGGACUAUUUUAAAUUUCUUCAAGAAAAAAACAACAGUACUUUUCUUGAUAUUAACUCAAACGGACUUAAAAAAUGUUUUAGAUACAAACAGAAGCACCAAGAUGAUUCAGUAAAUACAUUUAUAGUAUUAACAGACUUUUAUGUGUUGCUAUAUACACUGUGUGGGUGAUUUUAACAACAAACCUUGGGUUUAUGAUAGGGUUUUAAGCUUAAUCAUAGUAACAAAAUACCAUCAACUGUGCAGAUUGCACAACCUCGCACUCUGCCCCAAAUUAGCAGAAACAUUUGACAGUAAAAAAAAAAAGUAGCAGCACAGCUAAACAUAUAAUUAUGAAUGCAGACAUAUUUUACUACAUUUAUACAUACAAGUCUGAUAGCAAAAAUAAGCUGCUGGGCCCCCAUCGAACUAAAGUCUUUUCUUCAAUAUGGAGCUUCAAGAUCUGUAACAGUGCAGAACUGUUUGUUACUCAUUCGACCUAUUUGUAAAGGUUGCAGAAUUUCCAGAUCUUAGCACUUACUUUGGCUUAGAACAAUGUUAUCAUAACAAUUAAAACCAAGAAGUUCUGAAAAUUUUAAAAAUGUCAUUUUCUACAAAGAUUCUUAUCACAUCCAUUGAUACUGUGGUUUAAUAAUGGUGCC